AUGAAUGUCGGUGAACUGCUCACCAACUCGCUCUCACCAGCUCGCGACAACUACCCCAUGUACAUGACGUCGCUGUCUGCUGAACUUGCCACAGAGACAUCGCCCGUUCAUAUCCGCACAGCCUCAGGAUUGGCACUCAAAAAUGCCCUCGCAGCUCGUGAAGCUCGCCGUGCUCAGGACUAUGCCGAGCGCUGGGUCAGUCUGCCUGCUGACGCGCGUGACCAAGUCAAAAGUAAGGUCCUUAUGACGUUGUGCAGCAGCGAGCACCGUGCAGGCACUGUCGCUGCGCAGGUGACGGCGGCGGUGGCAGCGAUUGAACUGCCGCGUGGCAUGUGGCCAGACCUCGUGUCGCAGCUCCUCGCAGCGAUCGGCGACCUUACGAACCCAUACCAGCGACAGGCAGCACUUCAAGCGAUUGGAUUCACAUGCGAAGUCGUGGACCCAGCGGUCCUGGCGACACAGUCGAACGAGAUUCUGACGGCCGUGAUCCAGGGCGCCCGCAAGGAGGAGACGUCGCCCGAAGUACAGCUCGCCGCAUUGCAGGCGCUUCUGAACUCACUCGAGUUUGUGCGGCUGAACUUUGAGCGUGAGGGCGAACGCAACUUUAUCAUGCAGGUCGUCUGCGAGGCCACGCAGUCGGCACAUGUGCCUGUCAAGGUCGCGGCAUUCGAGAAUCUCGUGCGCAUUAUGCAGCUCUAUUACGACAAGAUGCGUUUCUACAUGGAGCAGGCACUCUUUGGCCUGACGGUGCUGGGGAUGCGUGACCCGGAGCCAAAGGUCGCUUUACAGGCCGUCGAGUUCUGGUCCACGGUCUGUGACGAGGAAAUUGAGCUGUCGCUGGAAGCCGCAGAGGCGCUCGAGUUCAACGAAGAGCCGACCCACGUCUCGUACCACUUUGCUCAGAUCGCUCUGCCGGAAAUCGCGCCCGUCCUCAUGGAGCUGCUCACCGUGCAGGAUGAGGACAGCGACGAGGACGAGUGGGACACUGCGAAGGCUGCCGGCACGUGUCUGGGCUUGCUGGCACAGGUUGUGGGCGACCAGAUCGUCUCGCUGGCGGUGCCAUUCAUCGAGGGCAACAUCAAGUCGCCAGACUGGCGCCGUCGUGACGCGGCGCUUAUGUGCUUCGGUAGCAUCAUGGAUGGACCCGAAAGCAGCUUGCUUAUGACCCUCGUGACACAGGCGCUGCCGACAGUGCUGGAGACGCUACAUGACUCGUCCGCCGCCGUCAAGGACACGACCGCUUGGACUCUCGGGCGCAUGUGUGAGUUUGUACACGACGCCAUCACACCAGACAUGCACCUGGGUGCGCUGAUCCAUGCGCUCCUCGGCUCCCUGCACGACGAGCCUCGCAUCGUUACACACAGCUGCUGGGCGCUGAUCAAUCUAACAGAGCACAAGGGCAUUCUGGCAUCGCUCGAUGAUCCUGACCCACCGACGACAGCGCUCUCGCCGUACUUUGAAACAAUCGCGGCCCAGCUCAUGCAGGUGACGGAUCGCGCGACGAACGAGUCGAACAGCCGCACGUCUGCGUAUGAAGCACUGGCUUCGACGGUCGCGAACUCGGCGAGCGACUGCCUGAACCAAGUCAGCACCGUUCUUGUGCACAUCCUCGAGCGCCAAGAGGCACUGAAUGCCAUGGUCUCACAGCUCAUUGGCCUCGAUGACCGAAACAACUGGGCCGAGCUCCAGAGCAACCUGUGCAGUGUGAUGAUUGCAGCUGUGCGCCGCUUGCACAGUGGCAUGGCACCUAUUGGCGACCGGCUGAUGACGUCGCUGCUGACGCUCAUCCAAAACAGCGCCAAGCAGCCAACGGUGCUGGAAGAUGCGUUCGUCGCCGUCGGCACAGUCAUCGUGGCACUCGAGGCCGACUUUGAAAAGUACCUCGAUGCAUUCCUUCCAUUCCUUGUUGAGGGUCUGCGCAAUCACGAAGAGCACCAGCUGUGCACGAUCAGCGUCGGUAUCGUCGGCGACGUGUGCCGAUCUCUCGCUGAGCGCGCCACCAAGUACAGCGAGACACUUGUGCUGGCCCUGUUCGAAGACCUACAGAGCCCGGUGUUGCACCGCAACGUCAAGCCCCACAUUCUCAGUUGCUUUGGCGAUAUUGCGAUGGCCAUCGGCCCUGCGUUCGAGUCGUACCUGGCCGACGGCCAUGGCCGUCCUGCAGCAGGCGAGCAUGGUGCAGAAUGCUCCUGA